CCUGACCUGCCGUGUAACGUAACCAACUGUCGUAAAGUGACGCAACCCUAACACCACUGCCCGUCCACUGCGAAACAGGCGUGGAACUGACAGAGAAAUACUAGAUAAAUGAAUUGCAUUUUGAUAAUUUCUUUUGUUUACCAUACCCAACUUGGUGCAGUAAAGCCCGGACAAGAUUUGACACAACUGAGGAACGCGACCAACGAGGAUGUUUAAAAAAUUUGAUGAGAAGGAGAAUGUGUCCAACUGCAUCCAGCUGAAAACAUCAGUGAUCAAGGGCAUCAAAAAUCAGCUGUUGGAACAGUUUCCUGAUAUCGAGUCAUGGCUCAAUCAUAUCAUGCCAAAAAAGGACCCUGUCAAAAUAGUCAAGUGCCAUGAACACAUUGAAAUCCUGACAGUGAAUGGAGAACUGCUCUUCUUCAGACAGAGAGAAGGACCAUUCUACCCAACUCUCAGACUGCUGCAUAAAUAUCCUUUCAUUCUUCCACACCAGCAAGUAGACAAAGGGGCCAUUAAAUUUGUCUUAAGUGGAGCCAACAUCAUGUGCCCGGGGCUGACGUCACCAGGCGCUAAACUCUACCCAGCUGAUGCCGACACAGUAGUUGCCAUCAUGGCAGAGGGGAAACAACAUGCACUUUGUGUUGGUGUUAUGAAGAUGUCUGCAGACAGCAUAGAAAAAGUCAACAAGGGAAUUGGCAUUGAAAACGUUCACUAUCUGAACGAUGGACUGUGGCACAUGAAGACGUAUAAAUGAUGACAUCAUCAUUCACCUGCGACACCUGCCCCCGCACCUGCCCCCGCCAAUACCCCCCUCUGAAAGUGUGGAGCUCUUGACAGUCAGGCAUGAGCUGCUAGUCAACUGUUUACACCUACGGAUGUAUCUGUGUAACCUGCUGGAGGCUUUGAAUCAAUCGCCAUUAUGCACAAAUAAAAGAAUGAUCUUGCUUUGAACCCUAA